AUGAAAUGUUUUGCAAUAUUCAUUUGUAAUGAUGACAGCGAUAAUGAUGAUGACAUGAAAUCUGACAAAUUCGAGAACAAUGAAGAAGGUAUGUUAAUGACUUUCUUGUUCUUACAAACUCAUCGAGAUUUAAAUUUGAAGAUUUUCUUCUUAAGAAAUGGAAAUGUUGGUGUCAAAGAAUAA